AGUUGAUCAUGCUGUCCUGCGUGGACCCAGGUAUGAGCAUGCUUGCUUCACCAUACUGCCUGGACUACUAACCAUGUGCAUGCACAUGCAGUCUCAGUUUGCAUUCCCAGCCUUGUUUUGAUGAAAUGGAUAAGCAUUCAGUCUUGAUUCCUGAUGAAGUGUGCACUAGAAUGGCCCAAGCCUUGAUGGUAGCUUUGUUAGACUACAUUGCAAUUUUUACUUGAAUGACAUGUAUGUUUAAAGGACAAUGGUGAAGAUAAUUCUAAAUGCAUGCAUAUAGAAGCUUUCUCUUCAUUUGGUCAUAUAUUCUUCAAGGCCUGAAAUAUUAGAGAGUUACAUAGCUAAAUGUACUACAUGCUACGUGAAAUGGUACAUUUAAGUAGAGUGCACCCCAAUAGGCUUUACAUUGCACUUGCGUAAGUUUUCUCCUUUUCACCAGCACCUAAUUUACCACAGGUGGAACAAAUAGGUAAUCUUCAAGAUGAAAGACAAGAUCGCUACACAAUGCACACAAUAGCUCAGGCUCAUGUGUGUGUUGCAUCCCACAGUCUCAUGCGCAUGUUUACUUACAGAAGUUCAUGAAAAGACACGUGCACUUGUAAGUUGUAACCACCUUGAAGAAGCUAAAGUAAAACAACAUGUGUUUUCUCUAAUUACAACACAUUAUGUUCUAUCAUUUUUUUGUAACCUUCACAUUUUCUGAUUUUGAAAACCUGGUAAAUGCGUCAACCAUCAAACUGUAAAUUUACUAAUCCCAGUCCAUGUAUAGUGAUGCCAUUAUUUUGUGUCAACCUAAGUUAUGAGUACUGUGAACAGAUAAAUUUAUUUGCCUGGUGUGUUUCUGCAAGUUGCAUUUGUUUUGCUUCUGGUUGCUAGAUGAAAACCCUUGUUUCUGCACUAAGGGCUGCUGUAGUGCUGUUGGGUACUUGGAUGUGCGGUGUACCUUCUGUUACUCUACAUUGUUUUACUUAUGAAGGUCGAAUCACUGUCUGGAUGAUGAGUGAACUACAUUUUACAUUUUUGAGUUUGUUGAGUUAUAUUGUCCGUGGACAAGCUGUAUCUGGAUGUGGCCAACCGGCUUCAGGGGCUCAUGCGGCUAGCACAAGGAGCAAACAAGCAACAACCUUAUUCUGAGUUGCUAUCAUUAUUUGUUAGUUAGCUACUAGAUCCAUUUGGUAGUAUUUUAUCAUCUUGCUGCUAGUAUGUGGUUAGAGAGGGCAUGUGAUCAUUAGUUGGAACUUGGCAGACUAGAAGAAUAUCAAUCAAUAUUGUCCUAGUCCCAUUCUCCUACCCUUACCCUUGUGGUGUGGUUGCCGGCUAUCAGCGAUGUCAUGCUGCUGAGGUUCAGGGCCAUCUAGACCAGAGUUUAUCACAACGAUAUAGUUCGCUACUGUGACACAGUUUGUUUUGUAGUGUAUCGAAUCCUCGUGCAAGACCCUUCUCAUGUUUAUCCUUACUGCAGGAGGCUUCUGGAUACUUCUUCUGCCUAGAGGACCGUGCACUACUUUGUAGAGACUGUGAUGUUGCUAUACACACAGUGAAUUCCUUUGUUUCAGUACAUCAGAGAUUCCUGCUAACUGGAGUUCAGGUGGGUCUUGAUCCUGCUGAUCCAGUUCCACCUAUUGCUGAAAAGCACGUUAAUGCUGCUGGUGGAUCAGUAAAUCAACCAGUGAGACAUCAGCCAAAGAGAAGCCCGACAGUUCAAUUUUCAGUUGAAGGGAGUGCUUCUGUUCCUACUAAAAAUGUAACAAAUGGAGAUUGUUCAAGGCAGAAUUUUGUCCCAACAGCCAGGGGAGAAGUGGUUGAUUGGACUAUGAAUAAUAGUACAAUUCGGUCAGUAGAAUCUCCGCCUAAGUACAUUUCAGAGGAAAGCCCGACACUUCUGCAAUCUAGCCAGACCACAACAGUCUUCUCCAACCAAAUUAAUGGCAACAGUGAUGGGGCCUACCACUUGUCAUUCUCAGGUGGUAAUGUGACAGACAGCCUACCAGAUUGGCCCGUGGAUGAGUUCUUCAGUAACUCAGAAUAUGGUCCAAACUUUGGCUUCUCCGAGAAUGGUUCUUCUAAGGGUGAUAACGCUAAGCUGGGGGGCGCUGGUGGAUCUCCACAAUGCCGUUUGGCUGAAGGCUCAGUUGCUGAGGAACUAUUAGGGCAGGUGCCUGGAUUGAUCACCGAUGAAUAUAUGAGCCGAGUACCUGAGAAUUCAUGGACAGUGCCUGAGGUUCCCUCUCCACCAACAGCCUCGGGGCUCAACUGGCACGGGAAUUUGUGUUUCCCUGCGUAUGACAGCACCAUGUUUGUUCCUGAAAUUACCUCCCUUCAGAACUCCGAAAGUCACUUCACCGUACCUUCCAGUUUCAAGCGCCGGAGAAGAGAGUACUGAGAGGCGACAAGAAGAUCACUAGACACCACUGUCCGGUCUAGGCUAUCUUGAGAAAGGCUUCUUGGUGGGCUAAAUGACGAAAGAAAAUAUCCAGGACUGGGUGGUCAUUCAAACAUCAACUGAGCUAUCCAGUAGCCAGGUUUUAAGUGUGUUGUAAUGCUUCAAUGUGUUUCAUUUUCCAAAGACCUGAGCUUCGCUUGUGAUUUGUUCCGAGCUGUACGGUGUCGAUUUUGUGUAUAUAAUAUAAUAUAACGAAAUAAAGGGUACCCAGUAUGAGUAUGAUCAUUCCGAAA